ACUACCACACAAACCAUGGCUAAGCUACAUUUAACUGAGCAGGUCAAACAUUAAAGUAGGCUAACGUGGUGUGAAUACUAUUAGUACAGAAAUAUUUGUCAAUAUUAUUGUGAGAAUGGCUCAUGUGAACACUUACCGAACAAAUGUGAGAAUCGGAAACUGGAACGAGGACCUGUACUUAGAGGAGGAUAAAAAGAAGGAGUAUCUGGAGAAAAAAGAGAGGGGUGAGCUUUCUGCCCAGAAAGUGGACUUCCUCAAGCAGAACAUUUUGAGACCGGUGGAUCUCACUGUGACAAAUGAUGGACAAUUGCACUUUGGGGAUGUUGUGAUGUUGGUGAACAUGGGAGGAGAAAAGAGGCAGUGCAGUGCACUGAGCAUUAACGCUGACAUUAACAGUUUGACAAAGACUCCUUCACUUGCCAUUCAAGCCCCAUGUGGGGUCAGUGCAGGAAGAGGUAUUCAGGCCUGCACGCGCACUGCCUUCAUCAUAACCAGUGUAGACGGCAGCCAGGAAGGAUCGACUCUGCAUUACGAGCAAAGUUUUGCCCUGAAAACAACGAGUGGCUUUGCUGGGGGACUUUUCUUGACGAGUGACCUGCAAAGUUUUCAAAAGUGUGCAAAGAAGUCCCGCCUGCAAGAAGUAAACUUGGAUCACGGCGGUUCCUUUCUGUCAUGGUGGAAGAUAGUUCACUUUGACCCUCAGGAGAGGCUUGAAUAUGAGGGUCAGCCAAUUCCUGCUAAUGUGAGCGUGCUGAUCAUACACUGCAAGACAAACCAGGCUCUUGCUGUUCUGGGUGAUCACAUCCUUUGGAACAUGUAUGACAAAGAGUAUGAGAUAACGGCACGCACCUUCCUGGACUCCCACAAAGCUGAGCAGGACAGCAACCACUGGAUACUGUGCACCUCUGACCCUGCAGGGAAAGGGCUCGUACUUCUCAACCACCCACAGUCAGCCGCCAACAGCAAGGAGCUCACGCAGGCAAACCCUGGCAUCUAAAUCACACAAUCCACUAUAGGGCAGAAAGAUACCGCAUCAUU